AUGGCACCCAAGGACGAGCAGCAUUCGUCGCAGGAAUCCAACUGGGGAGAGACAUCCCAAAGCUCCCUCACCGCCAUGCACGCAUCAACACAGAGCCUACGAGAAAGCAGCGCCGCCAACUCUCACCGCCCGCCGUCACGCGCCGAAUCUGUCGUCGCACCCGACGACUCUCGCCCUCAGACUUACAACCCAAACACCAAGCCCGAUGCUAACAAGAAGAAAUCCGGUCCCCUGAACUAUGGAUCCAUGGCUUCUCACACACGGCCGUCCCUGAACUCGUCUCAAACCUCGUCCCGUGCAACCCCAAAGAAGCCCCCGCUCGGCAAGCGCACUACAUCAACCGGUCCCAAGCGUGGUCAGGAAUUCUCGGUCGACGAUGACGCCGAUGAGGUGAACCAAGACAAGGCUUCAUCGUCAUCUUCCAGCCACGCUCUGAAGCCCAAGCCUUCUACGCUCCGCAGACGACCCACAGCCCAAGUGCCACAGCUUCCGAGGGUUGAAUCAGACGAACGAGAGGACGACUCACCCUCCAGGCCCGAGACGGCCGACGCAAACAGACAGGCCGAUUCUGACGACACCGAGAUCACGUUACGCCCAGAAGAAGAGGAGGAAGAUUCGUACUCCGCCAAAGAUCGCGACGAGGACGAUGAAGAUAACGAAGAUGACGACGAUGAUGAUGCUGACUUGAGUGAUGCCGAGAGCUUCACGCUGAAGGACAGGCAAGAGGCUAUCAACGAGACACAUCCUUUCGGUAUUCGUAUCUGGAAGCCUGCUCUGUACAAGAAGAGCCGGUCCGUCCAGGUCACGGCCGAAGGAGACAUUCACCAGACCCCUGGCCACCACGUCAGCUUUGGAUUGUUGUUCUUCAACGUUCUUUGGACUCUCGUGUUCGGCUGGUGGCUUGCUUUACUAUGCGCUGUCGGAGCUCUUGUUUGCUUUGCGCUUCGCUUCACCCCUGGCUGCCAAGAUUAUGGUUAUGUCCUAUGGCAACUUGCUGGUUACAUCUUCUACCCCUUCGGAAAGUAUGUCAUGCUUGAGCAUGACGAAGCCUAUAUGGACGAAGAUUCUGGCGAGGGCCGCAGUAUUUCCGAGUACGAGAGAUGGCAAACUGGUGAUCUGGAGGAGGGUCGUCUUUUCUUUGGCCCAACAGACAUCAAUCGCUCGCUGAUUGGCCGUAGAAGAGACAGUGUCGAGACUACACCCGAUGAGACUGACAGCUUGCUUGGUCGUCCGGGCAGACGCUCCAGUGGAGACAAGCAAGAGUCGAAGUCGAGACUCUUUGGACGUGGAAAGUGGACUGUCGGGAGAAUCAUCUUCUUCACAGUCUUCUGGGGCUUCAUCACCCCUUCACUCUGGCUCAUCUCAGCUCUUUGUUGGUUCCUCGUCUUCACAAUUCCCAUGGGCAAGGUCACGCUCCUCUUGCAUCACCACUUGAGAAGGCACCCACUGGCUCUGUCAUUCCACUCGGAUACCCAUGAUGCAAGCCGUGGAGCAAACGAAACCCCUUCGAGCGUUCUCCUUUGCACGUACCGUGCUGUCGGCAGCAGAUACUGGAAGUACACCAUUGAUGGCACCAACAUCUUCCUCAUCAACUUGUUAAGCAUGGUCGCCUUUGCCAUCUUUGACUUCUACAUCUUGAGAGAGUAUCUGGAAAUCGAAAGUGCCAUUACUUCGUCCGGUUUCAUCUUCAUCCUAGGAUUAUUCUCCAUCAUUCCUCUGGCUUACUUCAUCGGUCAAGCUGUUGCUUCUAUCUCUGCACAAUCAUCCAUGGGUGUGGGUGCUACUAUCAACGCCUUUUUCUCCACCGUCGUUGAGGUCUUCUUGUACUGUGUAGCUCUCAACCAAGGCAAAGCACAGCUGGUCGAAGGAAGUAUCAUCGGUAGUAUUUUUGCUGGUAUCCUAUUCCUUCCUGGCAUAUCGAUGUGCUUUGGUGCCAUCAAGCGCAAGACUCAACGCUUCAAUGUCAGAUCCGCUGGUGUCACCUCGACAAUGUUGCUCUUCGCCGUCAUUGGCUCUUUCAGUCCCACUCUCUUCUACCAGAAUUAUGGGAGUCAUGAAUUGGUCUGUCAUCAGUGCGUCGGCGUUGACCACAAAGGCGACAGAGAUUGCAGACGUUGUUACUUCAACCAGGUCCCCGCCCUCAAUGACCGCUUCUUUCUUGAAGCAGUCCGCCCUUACAUCUGGUUCGCCGCUUUCUUCCUAUUCUUGUCGUAUGUCAUCGGUCUCCUUUUCACCUUGCGCACCCACGCAGCAGUCAUCUGGAACAACGAACUCGACGAAAAGAAGUUGGACAAGAUGGAGCAUCAGGCACUACACAUUGAGGCUAGACAUGGCAGCAUUCCCGACACUAUUGUUGUCAACCCUCAUGCACAUCUGAGCCGCAACAGCACUGUUGGCACAAUCGGUACUCUGUCGCGCGGAAACAUUCAAGAAUCACAGCUAUACAAGCGCAUCCUCGGUCAAUCGCUCAAGCAGGCUGGCUUUGGCAGUACCGCACAUAGCGAGCAGCACUCCCCUGACAAGACUACGGCUCCCUCUCUCGGCGGCUCGACCUACCUUGUACCUCCCAAGGCCAGCGAAGAAGACGGCGAUAAGAUCCAGCAACGCAAAUUGCGUAUUCCUGGACUGUCCGCAGAGGAUAACACUGCUCUGGUACGUCAAGUCGCAGAAAUGGCAGCAACUGCAGCGACCGUAGCAGCUCGCGACGCGACUCACGCUCCUCGCAAGGCGUCGCAGAUGGCAAGAACCAGUGCUGGCAGUGUGAAGCACAAGGGUUCCAUGUCCUCGAUGAACCGUUCGGCUGCAGCUACCAAAAGUAGUGCCACACCUGACGACGCUGGGGAAGUCCAUGGAGAAGUUCAUGAGGCUCCAGCUCACGAGUCAGGUGGUCACGAUGCACCCAACUGGAGCAGAACAAAAAGUGCGGUCAUUUUGCUAACUGCUACCCUCGCCUACGCCGUGAUUGCUGAGAUCUUGGUCGACACUGUCGACAGUGUUCUCGAACACAUCGACAUUGAUGAGAAAUUCCUCGGCAUCACUCUCUUCGCUCUCGUACCAAACACCACCGAAUUCCUAAACGCCAUCUCCUUUGCCAUGAAUGGCAACAUUGCAUUGUCGAUGGAAAUUGGUUCUGCCUACGCCCUCCAAGUUAUGCUUUUACAAGUACCGGCAUUGGUUCUCUACUCUGGUGUCUGGGCACAGUGGAUGGAACCCGGGGAUGUUGCUGCCCAUACUUUCAACUUGAUCUUCCCUCAGUGGGAUAUGGUGACCAUUGUGCUCAGUGUCUUUUUGAUGGGCUGGGUUAUCGGUGAAGGCAAGAGUAACUACUUCAAAGGAUCUAUUUUGAUUCUUGCUUACCUCACCAUUAUUAUCGGGUUCUGGUUCUCGAGCUGGAGUAGCGAUAAGGAUGGCAUCAACGGCCUCAUGAGCAUUAACCGCUUCGACACCCUUGCUUUACCGUCAGGCAUCCAGACCUUCAACACCAUUGGCCAGUCCACGCGCGGACAGGCUUUCGGUUGA